GGAAGUGGAAAGAGGCUACGAGUUCCUGGCAAAAGCAGCAGGAAGAGGCUGAAUCCUCAAGCAUCAGUUGACAGCAUCGAACAGUGGAAAGCUUUCAACAUGAGCCCCUCAGACUUGCAGAGAGCCAGAGAAUCGUUAGUGAGGGAAGGAAGCCACCACCCGCCGCUCCUCAGGACCCCUCACGUGACGGAGGAACCUCCGGAGUCCCCCGUCCCCUCCGUGAUCGUCACAGAAGCGGACCGUUCGGUGCAGAACAUUUGGGCGGACCAUCGGGCUCGCAGGGCCAUGUUCCCCACCCGCCAGAGGACCAUGCAGCCCGAGGACGAGGACGAGGACAUCUACCAAAUGUUUGUCCCCACAGAGCCCAGCGCACCGGAGCCGGAGGCGUCCUCCGAGAGGACAGAGACCGCCCCCUCGCCCAGAACGGCCCGACCCUGCAGCUGGCACGUGGAGCAGGUGCCCACGGUGCAGGUGGAGCCUCCGCCCGACGGCAGCAGAGUCCUGCGCAGGGCGAGCAGCGCGGGAGAGACGGCCACAGAAGCUCAAGGAAGCCCCGGCGACGAUCCAGCACGACGCUGCAAUUUAGAAGUGAUCCACUCCGAAUCGUCCAGCAACGAAAUAUCUGGAUCCUCCUCAGCUGAGCAGCUGACCUUAGACGACCUUGAAAACGUUUAUGAUAAUAUCAGCUAUGAGGACCUGAGAAGCAUGGGUUUCAUCCGGAGGGACCCCGAGGAAAACCAGGUGCAGAAAGAGACGUCUUCUAACGCUCGAGGCUUCCAGGCAGACGUCAGAGAGUCACCCAUCGAAGCGGACAGUUCAUCAGAGAGCAACCGCUCCUCCACGCAGGAGGUGAAGCCGUGCGGGAACUACGAGCUCCAGAUCGAAGAGGAAAAUAUCUACGACACCAUCUCUUUCACGGAGCCACCGUCCAGGGGCGUGAGUGAAGGCGCUGAACGGAGACGAGAGCGGGACAGUGCACUGAGCUCAGAGCUGUCGGACGGUUCCAGAGGCUUCGUUUCAGAGGAGAGCGUCAACGUUAGAAAGCAUGAAGGACCAGAGGCUUCCCGUUGUGUCCCACAGUCCUCUGAACCGGAUUACUCCUCUUCCUCCUCCUCGACGGCUGAAACCUCUUUUCGGAAAAGAGAUAAAAUGUCGGAGAACAGCGACGAYAUUUGGACCGACUUUGAGAACUACAUCAAGAACAACGAGAAGAAAGCCGAUCGCCUUCCUGCCGCGUUCCCUGUGAGCGCUAAAGAGUCGCCUACGAAGGUCUCAGUUGUUAAAAACAGCCCUACGAAGAGUUCUCCUGUGGUUGGUUCUCAAACCAGCGGCCCUGCGUCACAUCAGCCCACACGUCCACUCGUCACCUCCACGCCCUCAUUCACCAUCCCGGCUCUCAACCUUCCGGAUCUUCGGAGUGAAAGCCCCGCUGAAGAGGAACACCACAGCCCGUCUCCCGCAUCCCGGCCCCUUCCUGUCCCCCCCGAGCCCCACCCAGGCAAGGUGAAGAGCAUCCAGAACCGACUGACCCGACUCAGCAGCGGCAGCUUCCGGCUCGAUGACGACGACCUGGUGGAGCUUCCCCAGAGGCCCGUGUCCCAGAGGGACGGCGCCCUCAAAGACCUCCACGGUUUGUUUCCUGGGGAGCUGGCAGGACUGGACUCCCCGCUGGCGACCUCCUCCCUCCUGCUGGGCGAGUCCGUGGACUUCCCCCUGGAGCUGAUGGACAAAACCAAGAGCCGCGUGUUCUUGAUGGCACGGCAGUACAGCCAGAAGAUCAAGAAGGCCAACCAGCUGCUGCGCAUGAGGAGCAUGGACCCCGGAGACUCGUGCGGCCGGAGCAGAGCAGAGAAGAAACAGAAAGACCUCGCCGCCAUCUUGGAGGAGAAGAAACAAGGAGGUCCGGCUAUAGGUGCGAGGAUAGCUGAAUACUCUCAGCUCUACGACCAGGUGGUGUUUAAAGACUCCCCCGGUUCUGCUGGUCGGACCCCCGCCCCCCAACACCACACCCACCCGGGGCUGCCGUCCUCCUCCUCGAUGCCAGAGACCUCCCUGGAGGAGGACUGGCUCCUGUCCACCUACAGCAACGGGGAGCUGGCGAGCUUCGUGUCCCCGUCCGGCGAGGCCCAAACCGCCUCCGGCUCUCAGCACAGACUCGCCCAUACCUGCUCCGCCCCUUCCCUGAAGACCACCCCGCCCUCCCCCGCCGCUCUGGCGCCGCAGAGGUGGAGCUCGUGCGUUUCAGCGCCGGACGACGAGGACGACCACGUUUACAGCACCAUUAAGAGACACCCUUCCUUCAACGCCCCGUCGUCCCCGUCGGGUCGGUGUCAGUCCGCCGGUUCUUUGAGCACCCCCCAGCAGGAGGACCACCACCAGUCCGGGGACAGAUGCAAAGAACCCGCUGUGGGACGGAACCCCGACAGGCCGCACGGCCCCGGUCUGGGUCGAGCCGGUCGGCAGAGCAGCCUUCCAGAGCGCUGCCCCCCGGGACAGACGGCCCUGACGUUACACGACGGCCAGCAGGUGGUGGUCCUGACCCGAGCCUCGGCUCAGAGCGUCCUUAGCGCCGCCCAGAACUACCGGGCCAACUUCAAGGACAACGAGGAGGACGACGACGACUACGUGGAGAUCCGCUCGGAGGACGAGAGGGAAGUGGAACGGAGCGGGGCGGGGCAACGGAACGGCAGCUCGGCGGCGCCCGCCAAUCCGAACCGAGCUCUAGUCCAGUCGCGGAGUCUGCCGUGCACCCCGGCCCGCUCCUACGACCCUCUGAGGUCCUCUCUGGACCACGAGCAUCUGGAAAAGUACCUGUGGAGCGAGCCGCCGCAGAACCAGCCCAACAUCGUCCAGUCUCUGAGGGAGAAGUUUCAGUGUCUGAGCUCCAGUAGCUUCGCAUAAGAACCGUGAAAAUAUCCACAUCUGCACCGCAACAGCUAAAAUAAACAUCACACACAUAUAACCCGUUCGUUUAAACAGCUCUUUGAUUUCACCCUCAUUUGUAGGGAAAUAAGAGGAAACGCUGCAAAGCUUCCAGAUGUACAUGAUUAGCUGCUGUUUCUGGUCCUUGAUGUGUAUUAAAACCUGAAAGAAAGCACUUCCAGAGA